GCGAGGACGCCGGCGCUGCCCAGUCCCGUGACCGGCCCGCCGCCCGCCGCCCGCCGCCCGCCGACAUGCAGUCCCCAGCGGUGCUCGUCACCUCCAGGCAAGUUCAGAAUGUCCACACGGGCCUUGACUUGACUGUGCCACAGCACCAAGAAGUGCGGGGCAAGAUGAUGUCUGGCCAUGUGGAGUACCAGAUCCUGGUGGUGACCCGGCUGGCUGCCUUCAAGUCAGCCAAACACAGGCCUGACGAUGUCGUCCAGUUCUUGGUUUCCAAAAAGUACAGCGAGAUUGAGGAGUUUUACCAGAAACUGAGCAGUCGUUACCCAGCAGCCAGCCUGCCUCCACUGCCUAGGAAGGUCCUGUUUGUCGGAGAGUCUGACAUCCGGGAAAGGACAACUAUGUUCAAUGAGAUUCUACGCUGUGUCUCCAAGGAUGCCCAGUUGGCAGGCAGCCCAGAGCUACAGGAAUUCUUAGGCACCAGAUCCCCAGGGGCUGCAGGCCUUGCUAGCAGUGAGUCCUCUGUCCUGAAAGACACAGCCAGCCAGGCAGGGGACAGUGAAGAGGCUUUUGACUUCUUUGAGCAGCAAGGCCAAGUGGUGGAUGAGCAGCCACCUAUCCUGGGCCCAAACACCAAGGAUGCUGAGAACUCCAUAGAGGAGGAGGAGGAAGAAGAGGCAUUGGAUCCCCUGGGCAUCAUGCGCUCCAAGAAACCCAAGAAACGUCCAGAAGUGACUGUGAGGCCCAAGCCCUCACCACGGCGCACUAUCUUUGAUGAGGAGGUAGACCCUGAUGCUGGACUCUUCUCCCCAGGCAGGAAGCUGUCCCCCGAGGGACCAUUGGAGAACAUGCCUCAGGACACCCUGAAGCUGUUUGACGACCCGGACCUUGGUGGCACUGUCUCCCUGGGUGACCCUUUACUGCUGCCAGCUGCCCGUGAGAGUGGAGGACCCACACCCAGCCAUGGACACAGGGAUGCCUCCAAGGAGUUGUUCAGAGUUGAAGAGGACCUGGACCAGAUUCUGAACCUGGGGGUUGAGCCCAAACCCAAGCCUCAGCCUAAGCCCAAGCCCCCACUAGCAGCUAAACCAGCAUUGCCCAAGAAACCAGCUAUGCCUACCUCCAUGGACCCAUCAGAAACCAGGGAUGGACUACAGAAGCAGCAACAGAUCCAAGCCAUGGACGAGAUGGAUAUCUUACAGUACAUACGGGACCAUGACACACCUGCCCAGGCCUUCCCCAGCCUCUUCUGAUCCCCACUCCUACCCCAUGCAGGGCCUGGGGCUGCACACCCUCCUUUUAUGAGGACUGUAUGUGAGUGAGCGAGUGGGCUCUGCCUUUAGGUCCAAGAGCUCCAGUGGAGGUGGAAGCCUGGACCCCAGCAUCAUUUCCUUUUCUCUUGGGCUAUGGGAUUGAUAUAGAAUCCCUGUUGAAUAGAGUGGAAGGUACCAUAGGAAUCGAAGCCCACAUUGUCCCAACCCAGCUGGCUAUGGAGAGGAAAGUAAGUGUGGGUAUGCCUUGCUCAGCAGGAAUCCAGCUUCAAGGAUAGAAUGAGAUUUGAAGGGACCCAGGACAAUAUCCAAUGGGAGAGGGACACCUCCUGCCUACUUGUGCCACUGACUCUGCCAGCUCAACACAGGAAAGAAGACCUAACUCACCUGAGCCUAGGCUGGGCUGAAGGGUGCCUAUGCCAGGCCACUCUGGAGUCUGCUUGACAUGGCUGCUGAGGCCCCAGGGGAGCUCUCAGCAGAAGAGCCCCUGUCCAGACUGCCCUAACACAAACCCCUUCUGAGCCUCCUCUGCUUUCCAGUGCUAAAUAGAAAAGUCAGGCCCAAUCUUGCCCAUCUAGGGCACAGAGGUCUGCCUGGCCCUGAGUCCUUCUAUUUCUUUUCCAGGAAGGGCCUGGCCAGCACGUGGCCCUCUUCUGCAGCCCUCCACAAAGUGGGUCAUAGCAUCUCCCAGAGCUUGGCUGAUGGGGUUUGAGGCGCUGAGCCUUCUGCUCCAAGCCUUGCUUGUCCUCAGGGUCUGAACUUGCUCAUUAGCCUCUCUUCAGUGGAACAACCAGCCCAGGGAGAAGGAAUCAUGUACCAGUGCUGUGUGUGACUCAGUCAGCAGGUCCAUGCCUCGAACUUCUCCCAGAGUGGAUGCUGUUUAAUGGAGCAAAGAAUAUUCAGUGGUCCUUCUUAAACAUAUUCUUCAUGUUCAUAGCUAAUUUUUUUUAUGAAACACAAUAGUUUUUAACAAAAUGUAACCGCUUUGUUCCUUAACUCGGUUCUGCAUGACAGAGGCAUGGGAAGGGUCCAGGCAAGUCCAAGAGCCACUGUCAGGAGACCCAAGUGGCACAGUCCAGUCUAUUGCUCUUGGUGUCUGAGGUCCCCAGCUCCUACCUUGCAUAUGAUCUCUAGGACUAGGCUAGGAACACCAGGUCUGACCUGGCAUCUUACUACAUCCCUUGUCAACUGUCUAGUCCUGUGCUUUCCUCCUGUCCAGACUGAAUGAAUGGACAUAGAUGGUGCUGGGCAGAGGCCCAAAGUCCUGUGCCUUGCCAGGUUGGAGAGUCUCCUCCUCAGACCCUAAAACUGGCUUUAGAUAGUUUCUGCCCAGGCUCUACUUCCCUUCACCAACAGGCCUUCACACCCUCCACCCUUUGGUGUCCAGUACCUACCCCAGUGCUAUGUCCUCCCCACUCACCCUCCCUCACUGACUGCAAAAUGUAUAAGUAGGCGGAGAGAGGCAACAUGGCCUAGUCUUCCUCUGCAGAGCCACCCAGCUCUGUCCCCAGGCUUUUGUGGACCCUUCCUAUUCCCUAUCCAUUCCUCUGUGCCUUGGCUACCAGCUCUCUACCUCUCCUCCACACACCCCACACACACCCUGCACCUGCUUUGGGUCAUAGUUGACAUAGGAACAGAGAGUAUGGCAGGCAGGAUGACCAUGGACCAGUUCCCUGUCUGGGGUCCCUAACAGAAGCUGGCCUGCCACUCUCUAGUGUAGGUUUGUCCACUGGUGGAGGUUUGUCUGCUGUGGGACUAGCCUCCUCCAUAGCAGGGAGAUAGCGGGACAUCCUGGCACAGGUUUUUGCUCCUCAGAUACCAGGUUCCAAUUGUGACUUGUUUUCACUACAGGUCUGUGACCUACUGUCCCUCAGUUAUGCAGUAAAGUCUGUGUGAUUCUGUCAGCA